GCGAUGCGAGGUGUUGUGUUAGUGCAGCUCUCUUGCCUUCUUCCGUGUCGUGGCGCAAGAUUCCAGUCACUUGAAGUUCCCAUUCAUAAAAUUGAACUCUGAACAGCUCAGAUAAUUCGUGCUCUAGAUUAUAAACAUUGAGUGAUGUGCUGUGGUGUUUUGUGAGGCGUCUGCGCAUUGAACUUGACUGCGGCUUGUGAAGGCUGCGGCUGAACGCAGUUGCUGCGCAUUCUGUUCAGCGAAUGAAUGGGAGGCGCCCUGAAGGCCUGAAAGAAAUGAGUCAGCUUCUUAAAUCAAGAGCUUCGUCUAACAGCGACGAUGAAGACCAAGGCUCGGAGUUUGUUUUCUCGCCCGUGACGGGAAGCUCAGUGACUUCAUCUUCCAGCACAGAGCGCGCUACUAAAUCGAACAAACGCGAAGCUGGCAAUUACAUUAGUAUGUCUUCUUCGGUGGGCAUGCAAAACCCUUCGGAACCAAGCUCUGGGCCAGUCAGUCUGUCUCAGAUCCUCGAGCGAGACGUAUCGUCUUCCGUCUGCGAGCCUCAGCGUAGCCCCGCUGUGUCGGAACCGACCGUGCCCGCUGCCGAAAGUGUCAGUGUGUGUUCAAGUGUCGUGAAGUUAGGUGUGUCAGGCAGCGCUGUUAGUGAUACCAGUGUCACGUCAUGCGAUGUUGAUGGAUAUGUUGAUGGUAGUGAGUUAGGAAGCAGUGCUGCUGCAGCAUGGCAUUGCGAUGACAUGCAAGGUAGCAUGCCCCAUGGGUCAAAGCUGCCUCCCUUAGCUAGCACGGCCGGUUCACGGCCUGGCGUAGAUACCCCGUACAAAACUAUGGGCAACGGCACCUCUGCCACGUCCAGUCAUAGCAAGAGCGACAAGAGCCCUGGCAAGAUCAACAUGCCUCUAGGCAGCAACAAACUACCGCAGGGGUCGGUGUACCCACCCGAUUACUUGUAUCUCAAAGAGAAGGUCAAGGAGCUUAAGCAACAAAAGAAAGAAGAUGACUGCAAGAUAGACGAGCAGCAGUCAAUUAUCAACAAUAUCAAAUGGGAGCUCAAAACCAAGCAUGAUGAAGUGUCGCAGCUCAAGCGCGAGAUCCAUAAACUCAAGAGCGUGCUGGCUCAGCACGUAGGGGCGAUGCAAGACAAGGAAGAGCUGCUGAUGAAGCUACAGGAGCAACAUCUCAUGGUCGGUCAGGGCAAGAGCACCAAGCGUCAGGGCGUGUCCGGUGAGAGCGGCGGCAACGACAGCGCUGACACUGCGCCUAUUGAACACUUCAAUAAAGACUUCAGAACGAAGAGUUUACUGAAGGAUGCCAUCAACGACAACGACUUCCUGAAACAUCUCGGCCUAGACCCUGGCCAGCUGAAGGACAUCAUCGAGGCCAUGUACCCACAGCAGUUCCAGCCCGGCGCCUGGAUCAUCAAGGAAGGAGACUUGGGAUCGCACCUAUACGUGUCGGCUCAGGGAGAGCUUGAGGUCGUCAAAGAAGACAAGUUGCUCGGUCGUAUCUCGGCUGGCAAAGCUUUCGGUGAACUCGCCAUCCUCUACAACUGCAAGAGAACGGCCAGUGUUAAAGCCGUGACGGAAGCGAAGGUAUGGGUCCUGGACAGACGCGUCUACCAACUCGUCAUGAAGCGGUCUGGGCUCAAGAAACACGAAGAUAACAUCGCCUUCCUGCAGUCCGUUCCGCUCUUCCAGAACCUUACCAAAGAUCACCUCAGCAGAAUUGCGGACGCUUUGCAAGUGGACUUCUACGGGCCGGGCCAUUACAUCAUCCGCGAAGGCUACAAAGGAGACUCUUUCUUCAUCCUCAGGUCCGGAAAAGUGAAGGUCACCAAAAAAGUUCCGGGCAAAAGUAUCGAAGAGGAAGUGCGUGUGCUAGAAGAAGGAUCUUACUUCGGGGAGCAGGCGCUGCUCAACGAGGAAUAUAGAACCGCAAAUGUCAUCGCCACGCCGCCUGGUGUCGAGUGCCUUGUUGUUGACAGAAGUUCUUUCAAUCAGCUGAUUGGGGACCUGUCGGAGCUGCGGGAGAAGGAGUAUGAGAACGAGAGGUCCUCCAAAAACAUCCUUGCUCCUAGGAGCGUCACUCCAGAAGAAGAAUUCUCUCACAUCAAACUGGACGACCUGGACAUCAUAGCCACGCUCGGUGUAGGCGGGUUCGGGCGAGUGGAGCUCGUACAGUGCGUGCACGACCGCAAGAAGACGUUCGCGCUCAAGUGUCUGCGCAAGACGCACAUUGUAGAGACGCAGCAACAAGAUCACGUAUACUCUGAGAAGAGGAUAAUGAUGAACGUCCGCAGUCCAUUUAUCUGCAGAUUAUACAAGACGUUCCGGGACAGCAAGUGCGUGUACAUGCUGAUGGAGGCGUGUCUGGGGGGCGAGGUGUGGACCAUCUUGCGGGACCGCGGUUGGUUCGACGAAGAGACCGCGCGGUUCAUCAGCGCCUGCGUGGUGGAGGCGCUUGACUACCUCCACUCCAAGAACAUUAUUUACAGAGACCUCAAGCCUGAAAACCUACUUCUCGACAACAAUGGAUAUGUUAAACUAGUUGACUUCGGUUUCAGCAAGUACCUGGGCAUGAGCAGCAAAACUUGGACUUUCUGUGGCACGCCGGAGUACGUGGCGCCUGAGAUCAUCCUUAACAAAGGACACGACCGAGCUGUGGACUACUGGUCUGUAGGCGUCCUGCUCUUCGAACUCCUCACCGGCACGCCGCCUUUCAACGCAUCAGACCCGAUGAAGACCUACAACAUCAUCCUGAAGGGCAUCGACAUGAUCAGCUUCCCGCCCCACGUCACCCGCACCGCGACGGCGCUCAUCAAGAGACUGUGUCGCGAGAACGUCACGGAGAGGCUCGGCUACCAGCGCGGUGGUAUACAGGACAUCAAGAAACACAGGUGGUUCCAGGGCUUUGACUGGGACGGCCUCAACAUGCAGUGCCUCACUCCUCCCAUCGUACCUAAGGUUGCCGAUGCCACGGACGCCAGCAACUUCGACAAGUACCCACGGGACCUGGAAGUGCCUCCUGACGAAAAUUCGGGCUGGGACCUCGAGUUCUAAGCUCUCUGGGACCGUCUUCUACGCUUCAGACUUGUGCAAACACCAUCAUGUUUUUGCACAAAUAUAGUCAAGUUUGUGUGUAAACAAGAUGUUUGUACUCAAAUAUAGGGAAGACAGUGCGCAAAUAGUGUGAUGUUUGUACAGAAAUGUGGUGAUGUUUGUGCGCAAAUAUGGUGAUGAUUGUGCGCAAAUAUAGUUAUGUGUUAUCCGCAUACAUGAUGAUGUUUGUUUGUAAACACGAUGAUGUUUUUAAGGCAACAUGAAACUUAUGCGCCAACAUCUCUAGUUCACAUAUUCGGGCUGAAUUUGUUCAGUCACCGUUAAAUUGCAUUCAAAAUAAUAAAAAUCAUUUUGCCUGUUCAUCCACGUUGAUGGAUGAAGUCACCAUAGUUAAUGAUGCUCAUUUUUCGGCAGCUUUGAUUGUGUUCUGAUUAAUUGUGUUCAAUUUUUGACUGACUGUUCACACUUAUGUGAAGUAGAUAUUUAUUUGGAUCAAUAGAAAAAUUAUUUAAUUUGAAAGCGUACGUAAAGUCCUUGUACUGGUGCCUAGAAACAUAUUUCUAUUUCCAUCGUCUUCGUUGAACCUAUUAUCUAAUAUGAUAACGAUAAGUCCCGGAUUGAUGAAGUUUGAGCACAAUCGUACAGUCGUGGUUGAUGGAUGCAAUCUUAGGUUUGUUUUACACUCUUAUUGAUGUAUAAUAUUAAAACUGAAAAUCACGUUGCAUUUUUAAGAAAAUGAUAACCACACCGUGAAUAAUGCUUUUGAUUUCUUGUUUAAAGAUCUCUAUCAUGCUUCAGACUGUACUUUAGUAUAAAUUUACUAAAGUACUGACUUUCGUAUAAAUUUGUUUCCGACGAAUUUAUAGCCUAAUUUCUAUUAUCGUCCGUAUUCUUAACCACGGAAAAUAGUGUUCCGCUUUUAAAACUAAUACACUACAAUAUUUUUAUGUAUUUCAUAGUGAGAAAAUCUUUAAAUUUCUCAAAAGCACUUUGUAGAGUCAGUAGCCAUAAGCUUUAACUCGCUUUAGAUUAACGUAUCCGCCUUAAUGGUUAUUGCUAUAUUCAAUGAGGCUGCAAAGUUUUUUAGUUCCUAUAUUUCUAUAAACUUUGUCUGUAAAUUUGCUAUUCUUUGAAGUAAUUUUAAUUUCUCGACGCAGGGGUAAAUUUAUUAUUAAAGCUUAUCAUUAUUCAUACUCAGCUUCGUUCUCGAUCGACUGAUGCGCUAUAAGUUUCUUUUUGUACGACAAUUUUAUUCUUUAGUGAACUC